AUGUCUGCUUAUCGGUUACCCAAAGCUUGCAUCAGUGAGAUUGACAGAAUUUUGUGCUGCUUUCCUGUGGUUUGCAAACCUAAGGAGGAGGGUGGACUAGGCUUACGACCUCUUUGUCUUGCUAAUAAAGUUAGUUGCCAUAAGGGAGACAAAUUUAAAGCCAGCUUCUCUACAAAGCAUACAUGUGCUCUCAUUCGAGUGGCGCAACCAGGGUAUAUGGUUCUCCUAUGCUACGCCCAAGUACUCAUUCACCUAUCUUCUGUGGAGAUAUGGAGAGCCGUUAUCAUCUCUGUUUCUAAAGAGACAUGUCUUUCAAGUAACAAUCUUCUGGAUUUGGAGGGAAAGAAAUGGACGACGUCAUGGGGAGCAACCCACGCCUUCCUCUUGCCUGAAGCAACGUAUCGACAAACAAGCUCGCAAUAG